UACUGGGAAGCCAGAUCAUUGCAGUCGUAAUGGACCUGUUUACUGACAGAGACAUCUUCCAGGAUAUUGUGGAUGCAGCACACAAGCGCCGGAUCCCAGUCUAUAUGAUCUUGGAUGAGGAGGGGGUGAAGUACUUUCUGGAGAUGUGCAAGUGCAUGGAACUCAGUGACUUCCAUAUCCGGAACAUCCGCGUGCGCUUUGUGACAGGAGUUGGGUUCUACAUGCCACUGGGGAAGAUCAAAGGCACAUUGGCCUCCCGGUUCCUGAUGGUGGAUGGUGAAAAAGUGGCCACUGGGUCAUUCAGCUUCACAUGGAGCUCCUCACAUAUAGACAGAAACAUCCUCCUGCUGUUGACAGGGCAACAUGUAGAGUUGUUUGAUGUUGAGUUUCGAGAGCUCUAUGCUAUCUCAGAGGAGGUUGACCUCUACCGGGAGCUGAACAUUGCUAACCCUUUCCAAAUAGGAGCUGAGAAAUCAAGACUUUACUCCUCCACUGUGUCUCGUAAGAUCAUCAACCCCAAAUAUGGUCUAGUGGCAGGGGCUGCCCCUCGUGAAAUGAUGCUUCGGGCCCUGCGCCAGAAGCAGGAGAUACAGGGGAAAUUGGAAAAAAAGGAGGAAGAAAGUGAGUCAAAGAAGCGGCUGAACAAGUUUCUGAAUGACCUGAUCACAGUGGAGCAAAUACUACCAGAAAUUGAACCACCUCUUGAAAACUUGAACAAAGGAAGCCGGAGUCCUCAGAAAUUGCUUUCCAGGUUCCAUUUCGAUAUGAAAUACAAGUCUAAAUCUAAGGAGUCCCUUCGUGACACCAAGAAGAAUGAUGUUGCCAAUGGGCAGACCGGCUCCAAGCAGGGUAAAAGGUUCGGUAGUGGGUUUUUCAGCCGGAGGGCAAAACGGCCCCCAACCUCGGACACUGAGGCCAAUUCUUUUGCCAGUGAAGGGCUCUCAGAAGAGUAUGUGCUUGUGAAGGCACAGGAAGAGGACCUGAUCAGCUUUAGACCUGUCAGUGUUCGGAGCAGCGCCUCAGCACAAUUCUUGAGUUUUACUGUUGCCUGCAGGGUUCUGAAUAGCAGCAGCUCUGAACCUGACCAGAAUCUUGUUAAUUUUAUGUUGCUGCUGCACUGGAGAUGUUUGUCUGAAAAUACAGGAAAAUACUGCCUGGGUUUGCACCUGGUUCACAUAUUGAAGGUAAAAAUUCCCUCACGGGAAAUAAAACCAAACAGUCAGCCUGUGUGGUGUCCUAGUCAUGAGAACCGAAGACCAGACAAGAGCAUCUGAUGGAAUGUACAACUGUUUACUCCUUUACCGCCUGCAGCCUUGUUCUCACACAAUGGUUUGUCAAACCCCCGUUUUGUCCAGGAUGCAUCUGGUACCCCCAGUUCAAGCACGUGUGCUGAGUAAGGCAUAGGGUCUGGAUGGUUCCUAUGUGAGGGAUAGCAAGAGAAAUGUUAGUUCAUAUUGAAUAAACUGUGAUAAGGGGUUUCAGGGCUCAACCUCAUUGAGAUGAAUGUAAGAGAGCUUCCCAUGCCUUAGUGCUACUUUUUCGGUCUGUCUGGCUACAGAUUCAAAGCACAGCACUGCAUAAUUUACUAUACUGUACUGUAAGGAUGUAUUGGUCUGAUGGGGUAGAGGCUUGGAUCACAUUGGAAAUUCUGGAGAAAAUGGUAAAAUUUGCAGAUCAGGUGGAUUUACCUUGUCUGUGGAUUUCUGUUGUCCUUCAUCAGCAGAGACCUGUUAAAGGAUGAUUUGAUUGUUGGGGAAGGAGUGUUUGGCUUCAGAGGACCAGCUGUCAUGCUAGCUUUUCUUUUCCUGCCAUAAAACCAACAACUGAGCUAGAUGAUAUGGUAGCAAUCUUUACUCAAGACAGCACAGAGGUUGGAAUAUUAGGGGUUGCUUCAGACUAGAGCUGAGAUGCUCUGUGAGAGCUCAAGACUAGGACAGCAAAGUCCUGCCAAAUUCUGAAGGCGAAUGGGCAAAACUGAGGGGAAAGAUGCAAGCAAGGACAGCUGCUGUAACAAUCGGUUCUACUGUUAAUCCUGUGACAUUUUAAACAGAAUAGUAAAUAAAUAAGUAAAAGUGCACUCUUGGAGGCUGACAAGAACAAGGGGGUUAGAGUAUUUUUAGCUGUCUGGUUUAAAAAUAAAGGAUUCUGUGGAUGUAGUAAAGGCACAGGUUAUUUUGCAUAACCCAUUGGGUUUGAUAUGGGAACUACCAUUUUCCUUUGCCUUCUUGCCAUACAAAUUACCACAAUAUGGUGCUGUUAUAACAAUGUGUACACAUUUGAUCUAUUUAUUUUUCUUAUUAACUUUUUAAUCCAUAUGUAUAUAUUGAGCACAGAGAGAAGGUAAGUGGGCUUUGUUAAAGAAUAUAAACAAAGUUUAGCAUGUGUUUCUAUUGUACUUAGAAUCCACAGUAAAAGAAAUACCCAGUGGAGCAUCUUGGAGGUUAGGUUACUUGGGCACUGUGGUUGCUUGUAUGAUGAGCAGGGAUCUGGGUUUUCUGUUUCCCAUGGGAAAAUGGAGAAAAACGCGGAUUUCCCCCUUUAUCUGAGGAAACAGCAUAUUUUUCAUUUUAACAGAGAAACCUACAGAUUUUGCACUUUUGCAAAGAGCUCACUGCAGGCUGACAGAGUUCCAGCCUGCAAGGGGCUGCGGG